UUACAGGCAGUUUUCAUAACCCUGGGAGUGUCUAAAAGAAGAGCUAAAGAGCUGAGUUCCUCAGCUCUGAGAAAUAGAUUGCAGUAUUUUCUGCAGUUUGGCACUGGUCUGUGUUCAAGGGUACUGCUCCUUCAACCUUUAACGGGCAGCUUCUCCAUCACUCAGUGGCUCAUUAGUGGCUACGGUUGGAUUCUAAGAAGAUCCAGACUCCGAAAAUUUCCUCCUGGUUGUUAGUAUAGGGAUUUGACCUGAAAUGUGUACAGUUCCUCUCCUGCUUGGCAUGUUGAGUUCCUCCAGCAGAUUGUUGUUGCUGUAAAUUUCUACAUCUGAAGUUAAGACAGCUUUUUGCUGGAUACAUAGGUAUAGCUCCCAAGUUACUAAGCUGCUCAGAUCUAAAGCACACUUUUGAUGUGCUAGGAUGUUUUCAACAGUAUGUAAUGUUAUGCAGAUUUAUUAGUGAUGCAAUAAGAAUCAAACUCUGCAAUGUAUUGAUAAUAGAUCUAAAGGAUCUCAGGUUUCUUCAUCUUCUAGACCAUGAAGGAGUUUUCACAACUUUUGAAUAAGUUCAACAAAAAAGAAGUUGGGAACAUGACUUACAAAUUGUUUACAGCUCAGAGGAAUGCUGACCUGCCAUCGUUUGUUGACUGGCGUCCUAAAGGUUAUGUUACUCCAGUAAAGGACCAGAGACAAUGUGGCUCUUGCUGGGCCUUCAGUACAACUGGAGUACUCGAGGGCCAGGUAUUUAAGAAAACGGGAAAACUCUUUUCUCUCAGUGAGCAGUACCUGAUGGACUGUAGCAGAGACGUAGGAAACCGAGGCUGUAAUGGUGGAUAUAAAGUGCGAUCGCUUCUAUUUAUCAAAGAAAAAGGCAUCAGUUCAGAACAAUCCUACCCCUACACUGCAAAGGAUGGGGAAUGCAAGUACAACAGAAACGAUAUUGUUGCCACUUGCAAAGGUGUCAGGAGGAUUCCGACAGACUCUGAAGCAGAUUUAGCUGCAGCAGUGGCCACUGUUGGACCGAUCUCCGUUUCCAUCGAUGCAGAGCACAGAUCCUUCAUGUUGUACAAAUCAGGUAUAUUUUAUGAGCCUCACUGCAGUUCUGCCAGACUGGACCAUGAGGUGCUGGCUGUCGGGUAUGGGACUGAAGAUCAGAAGCCAUACUGGAUCGUUAAAAACAGUUGGGGAACGAGUUGGGGCAUGGAUGGCUAUGUCCACAUGUCCAGGAAUAUGGAUAACAACUGUGGAAUUGCAACGGAUGCUGUUUAUCCCGAGGUGUGACGGCUGGAACUGGAUGGCACACCACAAUGUGAACUAGAUUCCACUUACCUGAAGCUG